ACAAUUUUUGAUAUUUUUUUCUCAAUCGGAAGCAUUUUUUCCGAAUUUCGUUUCAAUUAAAGGAUUUUUCUGCCUAAAAAUACUUUCACAAACACGACAAAUUGUUCAAUCAUCGAGUAAAAGUACAAAUUCAGGACAAAACGCGGAAAUUUCCUUGUCGCCUGUAAAAAUUCAAAUUUCUGGAGACAAUUUUGGUCAAAGAUGCAAUCGAUACAAAUUCCCGACAAAGCAGAGAAUGAAAUCCGGAUCCUGCUCAAGCGCGAGGAUUAUUCUUCGUCGUCAGAAAAACCGAACACGGGAAGAUUGGAAGCCAAAUUAGAGGCAAUGGAGAAUGUUUUGAUGCAAUUCACAUCGUCGAUGCAAAAAACGAUGCAAGAAAUGUCGAAUAAAAUGAACCAUUUGCAGGAUUUGAUGGAAAGUAUUGCGAAUCAGCAGCUCAACGAACGUCGUCGCGUCACGAAAAUCGAAGAUUUUGAAGGAAAUGGGGAGCAAUGUUACCCUGUCAUCAUGGAAGACACGCAAGAAGUUCAAAUUAUGGAGGAAGAAGAAGACGAUAUGGGUGCCGAAUACAUUUUAGACGAGAUUGAAUUGUCGCAGGAGCAUCAUGACGACACAGAAGACACAACUGUCGACAUUGGAAGUCCCGUAAAACGACGAAAUUCCUCCGUUUCUCGCCCCCAACCGAAAAUUAAACGUGUCAAAAGCGAAGUUAUCCCAAUUCACAACUAUCAAGACGACGCCAAAGACGCUCUGAUCCAAAUUGUCGAGUCGGUAGCUGCUUGCGAAAGUAUUCGAAGCAACGUCGAUGGCGAAGAAACAAUCAGCAACGUGCCAAAUUACAAAAACGACACAAUUGCCGACAUUCGCAUUCAACAAGACUCCAAAUACGAGUUCAUCACAGUCACGGAAGAGCUGGAUUUCGAAUUUCCCAUCACAGAAUUGGCCGAAUUGAAGAGAUUGAACUCCGUACUGAACAGCGAUCCGCGAAUGGUUGACGCCAUGCGGGUGAAAUUGUCGGAAUUGAGUACGCAAGCGGAUUACAACUUCCAACGGGCGUUGCAGAGACUUGUAGCUGACUCUGUGAUGCAUUUGCUGAAUUGGCAAGGACUCAAGGGGAAAACGCGGAUGAAGGACAUGAAGUUGUUCAGUGAGGUUUUGUAUCAAACGUGGUUUCAACACAUCGAUAUGGAACAAUAUGAGGAGUUUUUGAAGAUUAUCACGAAGAAGGCACAUAAAAGGUACAGCAAAACGCAAGAACGGAAGAGACAUCGCAUGCAAGGAGGUCCGCAUCGGAUUCUGAACAUGAAACUUGAACGAACUUAAUUUUUUUCUUUCUUAAAAAAGUCACACGAGAAUUUAAUUUAAAAUAAAAUUUAAAAAAAAAAUAAAAUUAAUUUAAAAAAUAAUUAAAAAUAAAAUUAUAAUGAAAAAAAAAUAAUUUAAAUAAAAUAU